UUAGAAAUUCAUAUCAAGUAAAGACUUUAUAUUUCACCAUCUAUAGUGUUUAUACAAAAGCUGCGCUCAACAUGGACACAACAAAGAAUAUCGUGAGUGUUAGUCUGCUCGUGGUUCUCGUGCUUGCCUUCACCUCCCUGUCGGUAGAUGGGGCACCAUCAAACUGUAAGAUUGGCAGGUAUUGUAACAGAUGUCCAGCAGGUGAUUUUAAGGUUGUCAAGGUUGGAACUAGAGAUGUCAAAGUGUGUUGUCCAGGUUGCAAGAAGUAUUGUAAUGCCGGAAACAGAAAAAGUGACGGAAGACCGUUUUGUACGUGCAAUUACCCAGAAGAAAUAAAAGGAACAUGCUGGAAAGGACCGCAAUGUGAACCAUGUUUAAACGGAGCAAACAAAACAUACGUUGGAAGCAUCAACAGUAUUCCAGUCUGCUGUGCGCAUUGUGAGAGGUCUGGGCUAAUGCUUGGCGGAAAACUGUGCAAUUGUCUACAUAAUGGUCCGUAAACGUUCCAAAUGAUUGAAUAAUAUUGUUAAUGAAAGUAGACCGCAACUAUGUUCUUUUCUUGAUUUGUUGUUUAAACUGAAAUAAUAUUAAACGAUUGUCAAUGGAAGUA